AUUCUGUUUUUCACUCAAACAUUGUGAGGUUGAGCAAAUUGAAUUGUGUUUCGAUACUAACAUUUUACCAGCGGAACCAGAAAGCAAUGUGGACUUCCACCGUUCUUACCUCCCUUGCAUUGUUUUAUAUCAAUGUACCUCCAUCGACAUCUUCAUCUCCAGACGAAUUUAUAGGGACCCUUGAUGGUUACAGAAGCGCCUGUCAAAAGUUAGGCUGGAAACCUAAUUCUGACUGUUCAGCCGAACUCACGACCUCUUUUCAUGCUAAUUUGCAAAACAAUCUCUACAACGUUGAAGUAAAUACAACCAUUAAAUACCAAAAUGUGCUCUUAAACGAAGGAAAUGGAUAUAAUCCGACGACAGGUAUAUUUACUGCUCCAGAAGACGGCGUGUACUCUUUUUCCUGGUCUAUUCUUACCAAAAAAGGAGGGACGGUUUAUGUCAUGGCAAUGGUGGAAAAUGAAACAAAAAUACGCACGUGCAUUAAAAACCUUCAGGACGACUACAUUAGCGUAUCUGGGCAUUUGCUUCAUGAACUGAAGAAGGGCAAUCAAGUGUGGAUCCAGACAUACCUGUACACCGCUACAUAUAUCCACGCAAAUGGCUAUACGUACUUCUUAGGGCACAAGAUAAAUUAAUUUUGAAAAGUGUAUUCCGAGUGAAAUGGAAAAUCAAGUUACUAGGUUAAACAAAACGAACCCAAUUUUGCCGUAGAACUUUUUAUGCCCCCGUUAUAUAAGAUUAAUCGGGAGCAUAUAGUUUUUGCUCUGUCCGUCCGUCCGUCUGUCUGUCUGUCUGCCAGCAAAAACUUUAACAUUGCCCGUAACUUUUAAUUGAUUGGAGCUAGGGCUGUCUUUCACAUGUAUAUUCCUUGUGAAGAAACCUUUGUCCGCACUAUCAUAUUGGACUUUGGCAUUAAAAUUUGACCCAAUUUUGCAAAAUUUCACCAAACUUUAACUUUGUUCAUAACUUUUAAACAGUUGAUAAUAGGGCUCUUGUACUUCACAUGCGUAUUUCUUGUGAUAAGACCUGUCCUUGUGUACACUACUUUACUUUAGAGCUUGACUUCGGAUUUUGACCUACUUUUGAAAAACUUUAACCUAGGUCAUAACUCUUGAAUGGUUGGAGCUAGGGCUUUCAUAUUUCACAUAUUUACAUAUGCAUUUUUUGUGAAAAGCCUUCCACUGAGUACAUGUACCAACAAUUCUGAGUCGUUGACCCU